UUUGUUGCUUCGUGAAUUGUGAGAAUCCAUGAAGGUCGCUUUCCUAUGGUAUUUCUAUUGUUCUCCUUUAGUUUUGUUUAUUUUUUCCAAUUUUGUUUUGGUCUUUUGAAUUUUGGAAAUUGGAUUUGAUUGUGCUCUGUUUGGGCUUUGGGAAUAGUUGAUUCUGAGAAAUUCUGUUGAGAACUUCACAACGGCGGUUGUUGUUGAUGUUGUUUGCAGCAACAAUGUAGAUAUGGUUUUAAUUUUAUUCUUCGCAAUUUUUCUCAAGGUAGUGGCAUAAUAGUUGCUGUGUUGAUGGCAAUUCUGCACUUUGUCUUUGUUUGGUUCCCAGGAAAAAACGAAGGAAAAUGGUUAAGAAAUGAAGCCAUUUUAAAGUGUUUUCCUUCAUAUUUUUUGCGCUACAGUACUUCAUAGGAAUAGACUGGAUUAUUAGCAUCAUGCUCCUGUACUAAUGCAAAUUAUUCACUGAUACAGCUUAGUAAUUGAUAAGCAGCUUCAUAUGUCAGCAUUUAGCCUAUUCCUUUAUGAUUUUAUUUUCCCUGAAAACAAACGGAGCCUCCAAAAUUUAUAGACCUUCUAGCAGUUUCUGCAACUUGUCCCAUUUUAGUUCUCGAUAAGUUGGGUAAUUUGUCACUACUUUGAAAACAUAAUUGGUGGGUUUUGGAUAAACAGAGGUUAUAUCUCCUGGUUGUAUUUAGUUCAUUUUUAUUUUUUCUUUUCUUCUUUUUGUUUAUAGAUGCCUGCUUGAAUUAGCAGAUAAAAAUGGCAAGCGAACAGAGGAUUUCUGGCAUGUCCACUCGAAAGGCAAAAGCCACUUGGACACACACAUUCCACAAGAUAUUUGUGGAAUUGUGUUUAGAACAGACAAUAAAGGGGAAUAGGCCAGGUACACAUUUCACUAAGGAAGGCUGGAGGAAUAUUGUCGAAUCAUUCCACAGAAAGGUGGGUGUGAGAUACGACCGGAAACAAUUAAAGAAUCAUUGGGAUGUCAGCAAGGAACAAUGGAAAAUUUGGUGUAAGCUAAUUGGAACUAGUAGCAUGAAAUGGGAUUCCGCUUCUCAUAAAUUUGGAGCGAGCAAUGAAGAUUGGGACAACUAUUUACAGGCAAACCCAGAAGCUGCUCAUUUUCGGUACAAGGAGCUCCCGUUCACUGAAGAAUUGGAAACCAUCUUUGAUGGAACAGCAGUGAGCGGAGAAACAGAACCUCCAACUCAGCGUAGGAAGAAAAAUGAUGGUUUGGCCACCGCCAUUUCGCCCAUGAAUGAGCAAGGAAUUUUUAAGCCUGAUGGGAAAAUUAGGCGUCAUUUUGAUGCUGUUGAAUCAAGGAGUGUUAUAACGGUUCAAUCUGCACAAUGUAAACAGAAUUACAGUAUUGGGGAGUGCAUUGAGUGCCUGGAUAGGAUGGAGGAAGUAGAAGAAGGAAGCGAACUAUACUUGUUUGCAUUAGACAUAUUCUUGAAGAAGGAAUACAGAGAAAUUUUCCUUCAAUUGAAGAAGCCUAGCGUAAGGAUUGCAUGGCUGCAACGGCUGCAAUCGGUUUGUCCACCUUUGCAUUAGGGCUCUGAUUAUUCUUUGGGCUUCUUUUUAAUGUUUGAUAAACUCCAGGUAGUUCUGGUAUAUGGCAUGAUUCUGAUCUGGUUAAUAGAAUUUAUUUCUACUUGGUUGCUAAA